UGUACUGUUACCAUCACUCGAAUCGAUACAAACUAACGGCAACGAAAUACGAAAUUCGACUAACACUUAUUAGAUAGAGGAUUCAGAUUUUUCCCCGUUAAUUCUGCUUUCAUUUUCCCUGACCAACGGCAUCCUACCUUCUUGUUGAUUUUGGUUUGAGUUAUUUUUUUACAAAGACAAAAUGCCGAAACUGUUUAAUGCCCGUAUUACCACCGUCGACGCAGAAAUGGAGUUUGAUGUUAAGGAGAGUGUUACCGGCAAAGAGCUUUUCGAUCAGGUGUCAAAAGUGAUUGGUCUCCGCGAGAUUUGGUAUUUUGGCCUGCAGUACACCGACACCGAAGGGGAUGUUACAUGGAUUAAGCUAAAUAAAAGAAUCACAGAUCAUAAAUUCACACCUUCGCUGCCCUUUAUGUUUCGCGUCAAAUUCUUCCCGGAAAAUGUUAAUGACAUUAUAACCGACACCACUUUGAAAUUGUUUUAUCUGCAAGUCAAGCAUUCGAUCGUCAAUGACCAAUUGUACUGUCCACCGGAAACUAGCAUUCUCCUAGCGUCAUUCGCCUGUCAAGCAAAAUAUGGCAACUACAAUAAGGAGACCCAUCCGGCAGGAUAUCUUGCGAGUGACCACUUGCUGCCGCAAAAUGCUCGAAAUCAAGUGAAAACGGGGCAAGACAACGAACACUUAAUCAAAAAAUGGUGGACGGAACUGAAGGAUUUAUCGCGUGAAGAAGCCAUGCUGGAAUAUCUGAGGAUUGCACAGAAUUUGGACAUGUACGGGGUCAGUUAUUUCCCGGUCAAAAACAAACACGGCGCCGAAUUGUGGUUAGGUGUUCAUGCCCAAGGGGUAUACGUGUAUGAGAAGCAAGAUACUUUGCAUCCCAAAGUCAAAUUAGGAUGGGACGAAAUACGGAACGUUUCGUUUAACGACAAGCAGCUUAUCAUAAAGAACAAUGAUAAGUCUAUUGCCGACGUCGUGUACAUUACACUGCGACAUCAGAUUUCCAAACGGAUUCUGGCAUUAAUAAUGGGCAAUCAUGAGUUGUACAUGCGCCGUCGCCAACCGGACACCGUCGAGAUACAGCAGAUGAAAAUGACGGUUAAAGAGGAGAAGUUAGCCCAAAAGCAGGAACGAGAGCGUCUGCUGCGUGAAGUACAAGCGCGAGAAGAAGCGGAACGUGAGGCACGCAAUUAUCAGAAUCAGAUUCGUAUUCUGCAAGAUGAACUCCGUUCACGUAAUGCGCAACCACCCGAAGGAGCCUUGCCCUAUCCCAUGCCAGUUCCAUCUCAUGUCCCAUGGAGUGGAGCAACGCCGCCAUAAAUUAAUGAUAUCAUGACGCUAAGGUUAUCCAGGCUUGCUCCUGUGGCACAAGGUGCCAAAUUAAAAUGUAACCUGCUUAGUGAACACUGAACACAGUGAUGGAAAGAUAUUAAUUUUGUCAAUCCUUCUGCAAAUAGUUUUAUUUCUUCCUAUGGGUGCGGUACCGUUCUCCUGCAUGAAGGGUAGAGGCAGUACUAAGCUGCGUCAACAUUUAAAAAUUUUAUUCCUGCCAGUCAUAUUUGUGCUUAUUGAAAGUAUAUUGCGACUGCUCACCGUUGCGUAUUUUGGUUGUAUUGUUCAGAAAAAAAGAGGACUUCCG